AUGAUUGUACUCUGCACUCUCAAUAAUUCUUGUAUGUCCUUUCAGUAAAAUGUGCGACCCUGCUGUGACAGCAUUCGAGCCAGAGGCGUUGGGGAACCUGGUUGAAGGCCUGGACUUCCACCGUUUCUACUUUGAAAACUUGUGGUCCAAGAACAGUAAACCGGUUCACACCACCAUCCUGAAUCCUCACAUCCACCUGGUCGGGGAUGAGGCGGCGUGCAUCGCUUACAUCAGAGUGACGCAGUACAUCGAUGCCAACGGGACGCCUCGCACCGCCCAGUCCGAGGAGACCAGGGUGUGGCACCGCCGGGACGGGAAGUGGCAGAUUGUCCAUUUCCACCGUUCAGGCUCCGCCUCUACUCUCAGCAACUAACUUCCAAAAUGGGCAGCUCUCUGAUGAAGCCACGUCACCAUGGCAACUGAUUGAUUGACAGCAGGCCCAGCAUCUGACCUAACAUUCAGGAUUUGUCUGAGAAACCGGAGGAGAAGAGAGCGGGUCCACGAAGCCUCUCUGCCACAACGACCAAUCAGCUUCUUCUUCUCAGCUGGCUUGGACUUUGCUUCAGCCACGCCCCUUUGUGAUUAGCCAACCAGC